UCGAAUUUCCUAAUGAUUUUUACUCCAGUGACGUUUUAAUAACACGAUUAUGUUAUUUUAGUGAUUUAUUUUUCGGAGAUUGUGUAAGGUGUGUUAUAGUAAACAUCGGGACGUGAACGCAGGCCCACGUCUAUGACUUGUUAUUGGCAGCAUGGCGGAAAUAGUGUACCCGCAAGGCUGCCGCCCAAUCACCGAUGACCUCGGACCCGACGAGCUUGUGAGAAGACUUAAAGUAUUAGCCCAUACGUUACAAGGUCUCGGGCAAGAUGAGGGUAUGUACCAACAGUACAUACCGCUCGCCCUGCAUCUGGCUGAUGAGUUUUUUCUCACUCAUUCUUCUAAGGACGUCCAGCUGUUGAUAGCUUGCUGCAUAGCUGACGUCCUACGGGUGUACGCGCCGGAAGCGCCAUACAAAGACCAGGAACAGGUCAAAACUAUAUUCUUGUUCCUCAUAAACCAACUGCAAGGCCUGCGUGAUCCAAAGAAUCCGGCCUUCAAACGCUACUUUUACUUGUUGGAAAAUCUUGCCUACGUCAAGUCAUUUAAUAUGUGCUUCGAACUCGAAGACUGUCAGGAGAUAUUCUGCGCUCUCUUCUCAUUGAUGUUCAAGAUCGUUAACAUAGAGCAUUCGACCAAAGUGAAAGCGUUCAUGUUAGACGUCCUGUGCCCGUUGAUCACGGAGUCGGACGUCGUGUCCAAUGAGUUGCUGAACGUGAUAUUGAUCAAUCUAGUCGAACCGAACAAGCGGGAACACAAGCACGCCUUCGCACUAGCCAAGGAACUCAUCGUGAAGACCAGUGAGACUCUAGAGCCUUAUAUCCAAGCGUUUUUCAAUCACGUUCUAAUACUUGGCAAAGAAGAGAAGAGCCUUUUGAUAUUUUCGAAAGUCUACGAGCUAAUAUACGAGCUGUACCAGUGUUGUCCGUCUGUGUUACUAUCCGUGUUGCCGCAGCUCGAAUGCAAGCUGAAGUCUGCUCAUUUCCAAGAGAGGCUCAGUGGCGUCGCUUUAUUAGCUAGAAUGUUCUCUGAACCGGGCUCGCAGCUGGCCAAACAGUACCCGGCUCUGUGGCGGGCCUUCCUCGGCAGGUUCAACGAUAUCUCCGUACCGAUACGCAUCAAAUGCGUUCAGUACUGCAUGCACUUCCUCGUCCACCACCCGGACCUGAGGAAGGACAUAACCGAGACCCUGAAACUGAGGCAGCACGACGCCAACGAACAGGUCCGGUAUGAGGUCGUCAUGGCGAUCAUCGCGACGGCCCAAAGAGACUUCCAAGCGGUCGCCGAGUCUGAGGACCUCCUUCAUUUCGUAAAAGAAAGAACGUUAGAUAAGAAGUUUAAAAUCAGGAAAGAAGCCAUGUCCGGCCUGGCCAUGAUCUACAAGAAGUUCUUGACCGAAGAAAGCGUGCCGGCCGCUACCGAGAAAGCGGUCCAGUGGAUCAAAGACAAAAUUCUACACGGUUAUUACAUGACGGCGUUAGAAGACCGACUUCUAGUCGAGAGGCUUCUGAACACUUCGCUGGUUCCGUACACGUUACAGUCUGCGGUACGGAUGAAGAAGCUGUACUACUUGAUGUCUAAUGUAGACGACAACGCCACGAAAGCGUUCAUUGAGUUACAGAAGCACCAACUCGCAGUCCGGCGCACGGUCGCGGAAUGGAUCGAGUUGCACAGGAAGCCGCCGUCGCCGUCCGUUCAAAAGGAAUUGAUCGCUAAAGUCUUGCACAUAAGUACCAAAUUCCUUCCCGAGUCGGUGAAGGCGCAGGAGUUCCUGAACAAGUUCUCGCAGCACAUGAAGCAGUCGCCGGAGCUGUUGCAAGGAAUGGAGACGAUACUAAAUCCGAAUGUUAGCUGUGAAGUGUGCGUUCGCACUACUUCAAACGUCCUAAAGAAGCUCGGUCAGCCGGUGAUGACGAACUUGUACUACAACACUGUCAAGAUGCUCUUGGAGCGGGUCAGCUCGGUGAUGAUCGACCACGAGUCUCUGCUGAUACUGGUCGAAUACGUCGAGGGCUCCGUCACCGGCAUGAACACGACCAUAGCCGAGGAAUGCGGUAUCGACACGAAGAAGGCGGCGGAGCGCGGGCUGAAGCUGCUGGUGAUGCUGUCGUUCGUGUUCCCGGCGCACUUCCUGCACGAGGACGUGCUGACCCGCCUCACGUGCAUGCUGGAGCUGGACGACGAGGCCGUGGCGCCGCACAUCCUCGCCGCGCUCACCUUCCUCGGGAAAUACAGGCCGCUUAGCGAAGCGUGCCCCGCCCUGUUCCCGCGACUGAUCACCCUGUGCAAAGCCUACGCCGAGGUGGGCUCACCAAAACAAGCCAAGAAUGCUGUCAGGUGUUUAUUUGUAAACGUGCCAGAACAAAGGACCCAAAUAUUCACGGAGAUAUUAGAAACGUUGAAAGCCACAUUGAAUCCGUAUUCAGAACACUACCGGACCGCCAUCGUCACUCUGGGACACAUCGCGCACAACCUGCCCGACAACUUCCCCGUUCACAUCAAGAACAUUGUGUCUAGGAAGAUCGUAAAGGAGCUGCUGGUGCGCGAGGGGGGCGGCGCGACGGGCGGGGCGGGGGAGAGCUGGUGCCCGGAGCCCGAGCUGCCCGAGGAGACGCGCUGCAAGCUGGAGGGGCUCAAGUGCAUGGCGCGCUGGCUGCUCGGCCUCAAGAAGGACGAGCUCUCCGCGCAGAAGACGUUCCGCAUGCUCAACGCCUUCAUCGUGCACAAGGGAGAUCUGCUGCAGCAAAAUCGGUUGUCGAAAGCGGAGAUGGCGCACCUGAGGCUGGCCGCCGGCGCCGCCAUGCUCAAGAUAUGCGAACAGAAGGGCGUCGGCGACCAGUUCACCGCAGAGCAGUUCUACAACCUGUCUCACCUUAUGGUCGAUGAAGUACCACAAGUGAGGGAAGCUUUCGCUGCUAAACUACACAAAGGAUUAUCUAAGGGCAUACCGAACAAAUGUCUGCCGUUAGACUUCAUGGGCAUGUACGCGUUGGCCGGCAGAGAGCCCGACAAGCGCAUACGGAGCGUCAUCCGGCAGUUCAUGAUGGCCGACGUGGUGAGGAGACGGGAGUACGUUAGGAACAUCACAGUCGGCACCAAAGUGGAGCGCGCGGUGUCGCAGCUGCCGCACAUCCUGCCCGACUACAUGCUGGUGUUCGCGGUGCCCGUCCUCACGCACGACCCCGCCUUCACCGCCUACGACAACGUCGCGCAGCUCAAGAUAAUCAAGAACUGUCUCUGGUUCACGUUGGAGCCGUUAAUAACCCGUAACGAUUUCUACUGCUACGGAUUCUACAAAAGUCUAAUUGAACGUAUGAAAGUUCAUAAAGACGCGGUGAAUGAGAUGGACGACGCAUUAAAUUACAAAUUAUGGGCGGUUUGCGAUUUGGCCAUGUCCGUGAUAUGGGCGAGGUCGACGAGCUUCGAGCUUCGCGAGUUCCCGUCGGACGCGCGCAUCCCUACGAUGUACUUCGCGCCGCAACCAGAAGACUUCGUCAACACCAGGGUCUUCCUACCGCCCGAACUACAGCAUCCCGGAGGAGAGCUUGGGUUCCAACCGAAGAGGGUGGCGAUCGCGCCGGCACAGGACGAAACGCGCAUCAGGAAACGUCCGCGAUUAGAACGAGAGAACACUAAUGAUGUAGAGCCCUCGGAAGCGUCGGAAACCCAGAUCCAGCUGCCGGGCUUGGAACAGACCCCGGAGACCGACAUUGACGAGAUGCAGACGAAACGCGAGUGACGCGCCCCAAGCACGCCGAAUCAAAACAACUCCAUUUUUGGGUGCACAUCUGCGCAGACUAAAGCUGAAUACAAAUUUCGAUCGUUUCAAGUUUCGGCAAAUUCCGCGCUCCUCCCGCCUGAUACAUUACAGCGCGACACACGCCUAGUUGUAAAUAAACGUAUUUUACGUAAUAUACUAAUAAUGUUUUUGCUAAACGAACACCAGACUUGUACACAUGCCCUGAAGAUUCAAAUUACCAAAACAUGUCGAACACAACUCACUCAUCGGAUUCCGUAGUAAGCGUUAAAUAUUUUACACAAGCAGUAAGUAACAUGAGGUUAAUGAGAAUAUUUAAUCAAUUUAUCAACUUUUCCUGAAUGUAUAACAAAAUUUAAAAAGAUCUAUUGAUACGAUCUAUAAUAUUAUACGAAAACAAUAUUUUGUUUUCGUAUAAUAUUAUGGAAAUCACUGUGAGAUCACGUUAUUAUUUCUAGAUCUUAUUAGAAUAAUGUAAGAAAACAAAAAAAAAACCCCUCCGUGUAAAUUAAACAUAUUUGUUGUAACACGUUAAAAUUGUAUUUAAAUAUAUAAACAGAAUUGUUGGAUGACGCUUAAUAUAAACAAUAUCUAUAGAAAUAUACAAAUUGUAUUAUGAAAAAGUUCUUUAAAAAAAAACUGAAGUCUUAAGUAUGAGCUUUUUGAGUUCCAGUACACCUUCCAACUAUGCAUAAAUUGCAGUACUAAAGCUGCUAUACUGAAUAGUUUUAUGAAGUCAACCAAAACUGGGUAACUUUGGUAAAAUGGUAAGUUAAGAUUAGAAGGCCGUUUUUAAAAAUACAUUAUACAUAUGCCCACUCACUUAUCACUGCUGUGCACUUUAUUGGGCUGAAAUAUAAAAUAAAACUUAAUACAUUGUCCAAAUUAUUAGCAGUCAAUUUAGUUUUUAAAAUCGUAAAACUCCUCAAUAAAAGCAACUUAUAUCUCAGUCAGUUUGUCACACAGGGUUGCCAGUAUCACGUCACAAUGACAAUUUAGGGUUACUAUAUUUAAAAUAAAAUAAAACUGAUUGUGUUGCUGUAAAGCUUUUAAUGUAAAUAGUUAUGCUAUCCUUUACCUAAAUUUGCAUAAAAAAAAAAAGUGAAAAUUAAAUUAUAGUUAGUAUCCCUUUCUAUAAUUGAAGAAGUCAGGCCUAAUGCUCUUCAAGGAUAAAGUGGUAGCUUGAAGAGCGAUGUCAAAGGCUUAUGAAUGAUUUGAAACAAACUAAUACAACUGAAGGGUGCAGGAGAAUAACACAUGUAAUGUUCCUUCAAUGUUUUUACUGGUACACAAAAUUUUAUAAGGUCUUAAUAGUAAAAUUAUCACGAACAAUACUCAUCUCUAAUCUCUCUAUUCUCAUCGUCUUAAUAAUACAAAUAAUGAGAUUGAUAGAUAUGAUUAUAAUGUUAUCUUCAAUUACUAUACAAAAAGUUCGUGCAUAUUAAUUCAUUUGUUAUUCUCUUGUUACCUUUCGAUUAAUAAAACUCAACGUAAAUUAUAAUAGUUUUAUGUUUUUAUUAAUUAAAUCACGGAUACGGCUAAAAGAAGAUUAUGUUGAAUCAAAGUCGACCCUGGGAACGUUCCUACGGAGAAACCUUUUAUUACAUUUAUUGUAUAAAGAAGCUAUGAAGUAGAAUUUGUAAUUGAAUAUGCAACUUCGAAAAGGGCACAUGUCGCAUAUUUUGUCAAAUACGUUUUUUCAUAUACAUGUAGUUUUGAGGCUUACCUACACCCAUUUUAUAACAAUUCUAGUAAUUUUCAAUUGCUAACUAACACUAAAAUAUAUCUCAAAAGUUAAUAUUUUAAAUUUUACACUGCUUUAGAAAAUAAUCAGUUUUUUUUCAUUUCCUGUACAUUUUACAUUUUCAGAGAUGUGCCCUUUUCGAAAUUGCAUAUUCAAUUGAUUAUAUCGACUGUCCCUACGUACAGUAUCGAAACUGAAAAUUUGCGAUUUUUUUUUAUGACACUAAGAUGUUUCUUUUUAUGUAUAUUUUCACACAAAAAAGAGAAAAAGCUAUAAAAUACAUAUUAAACCAUGUUUUCAAUGAGUAUAAUAUCGAUACUUAACAAAUCAAUCAGCGUAAAAAAUCGAAUGUUUAAUUUCGGUACUAUACGCGGAUACAAGAAGCGUGCGUGCAGGACGAAACUACCGCUUUCGUUGCUAUACGCGGUGCCCCGCGCGCCCGCGCGUUCCGAUGCAAUUUUGAAGUAAUGUGGCUCUAACGGAAAACUGAUAAGUAUAUUAACAAAUUUAUUAAUUCCGAUUGCAUGAUGUUUAUUUUCUCCUUGUUUUUUAAUCUGAUUUCCUUAACAAUAUUCUGUGAUUAAUUAAGUUUACCUCAAAAACAAUGUAUUUUAAAGUAAAUGUCAUUCACCCGAAGUAUACUAUCGAAAGUCCCAAAUUCGAUUUUGUACGUCGAUUAACAUUUUUUUUGGAGUAUCGAAAGUGACACUUCCGAUAAUUUCUUAAUUUAAAUGUACAACGUAAAAUAUCGAAAGAGUCACAUUCGAUAAUUUUGAUAAAACAGUUCCCAAGUAAAUAAUCGAAACGGGCAGUUUCGAUUGUUCACGCUAAUUGAUUAACGUGGUAAAGUAUCGAAACUAACAUUUCUCAAAAACUAUGAAAAAUUUGGGAUAAAAUGACAUAUACAUUUAACUGCCAGUAAAAGUUUACCAUAUAUCUGAAAUUAUUUGCAGAUAGGCCAAUAAAUGACAAUUUGGUACACAAAAUUAACUUCAAAGUGCUCUCCUGUAAAGUACCGUUUUUCAAUUUCGAUAUUAUACGUAGGGACAGUCGAUAUAUCUAAUUUAUUCCGUACAUAUUUACGGCGUCAGUGCACGAUAUUUUCUCUUAGGGAGUAGAAAAAAUAUUUUUUUAACUCUACAAGGGUAGACUCUCAUAGACAAGAAAUAAUUUUUUUUUGUUAUUUGUCUUCGUAUUUUAAAUUUUUGGAGAGACAUACGAUUGCCAAUUUAUUGAUACAUAAUUCGAGGAAUGUUAUUCAAUAUUUUAAGAUAACGUCGAGUUUAUCGUUACAAUAUAUAUACCAUUAUCGACCAUCAGAUUUAUCAGAUGAAAAGAAACUUAUAGUUCAAAUUCUACUUCAAGCUUCGUUUGUAUGGUUUAAGUCGCGUAAUAUGAAUCAUUGGAUAUGAUUUUAUUUGUAAUAUAUAAAUCCCUUUUUAAAUCGUAAGUUUUCAUGUUUGUUUGCUCGUUGUUUUUAGUUUUAAUUUAAUUCUUGAAUUAUUAUAAUUUUUUUUCUCUUUUUUUUUGUAUUAUGUAUAGUUCGGACCACACUUUGAAUUAAUAUUCGCAUUUGUCUAUGGCCAUCGUAGCGGUGUCUGUGGACGCGAACGUCGAAAAACGGAAAAUCAAUAAGUCUUUGCCUCUAUUUAUUUUUUUGUUCGAAUCUAAUAAAUCUAACCAAUAUCAAUAUUAUUGUCAUUCGAUUUUGAUGCUUUUAUUGAUUUUGAUAAAAAAGAUUCUAAAUUAAAAAGUGACUAUUAGGAUCAUUUAUUUCUGACGCAGGACGUUACGGAUCAAUAAAAUCUGUAUUCUCGUAAGUCAUUUAUAAUUAAAGUAGUAAUUCUUGAGAGAAAAAAAAUGUAAACGUUUGAUGAAUGCCAUUACAAAACUCGACUUUAAUAUUGCAACUGCAUAGAGUAUGUAGUUUCUUAUCAGUAUUUGACUUAAUUGAGUUACAUAUUUAAGGAGUCGCUUCAUCAUCAAACUAGGUCAAUGGCCCUUGUUUCUUCUUUUGAAAGAAAAAAGUUUCCCUCCCAUUGCCUGUAUAGUUUUUGAACCGCUUCGAUGGCCAUGAUUGAUUAAUUUUAAAUCCGAAAUUAGAUUAAGGUUUUUUAAACACGUUUUGUUCUUAAGUGUACCAAAAAAAUAAUGAAAAAUGAUUAUGCGUCAGUAACCGACUGUACGGCCGUGAUCUGUAGUUAUGUAUGGAAAUAAAUAAAUACACAAA